GUUGAGUUUAAGAAGAAAUUGAAAACUAUGAAAUUAACUUGUGUUUUUCUAAUAUUUUCAAGCGCUUUAUUUUUGUGUAUCGUUAAUACAGAGUCGGGACCCGCUUGUAAUCCGGCAUGUACCAAGGAAUUAAAUCCCGUUUGUGGCCGAUAUGAAAGACCUAGUGGUAUAACACAGCAAUGUACUUUUGCAAAUCCAUGUUUGUUUCGUUUGCACAAAUGUCGGAUGGGAGAACCCUGGGUUGAAUCCCCUGGAGCUUGUCCCCAAAAUACUGUGGAUUGCGAGAGACAAGUUAGAGGUUAAAAGUUAUUUAGAAGUGUACUUACCUACAUAUAUUAAAUUAUUUUGUUAAUAAAUAAAUAAAUUGAUUUACAAGAAUUUGUUAGAGGGUCAGACAUUCUGAAAAUUUGUAUAUGAUGAAUAUGAUCACUUUCUGAAUUAGAAUUUGCUAGACAAACUAUAAGUAUUCUUGUUUUUGUAAAAUGGACUAUAUGCUACUUUUUAUGUCGAAAUUUUAACCAGUCGAAACUUAAAAUUUUGUAUGGACAUAUUUAUCAUCAAUAUGACCAUUUGGAAAAAACAAUGGGUGGACUAGGUAGUGGAAUUCAAAUAUUUGUGAAACUAUUACAGCUAAAAUCCUAAAAUGUUGCAAGAACAACUUUUACAUCC